UGUUUCUGUCACGACACUGGAAUCGGUCGAUGGUUUAUUAAAAAGCUAAACAAACUUCUCCCUCGCAGAGAGCUACUCGCCGGCUCUGAAGGCUGGUAACCACUGAGACGUUCGAGUCGUUUCUAUGUUAGGAUAAAAAAAAGGAAGAUUAACUUCCCGUAUUGCCCUGUCAGAAAAAAAAGAUCCGAGUCAGUGUUCCUUUGAGAACUUAAAUAUGAAAGUCUCUUGUGUACGACCCCCAUGCCUUACAUCGUUAGAAGCAUUUUUAGAUACUUCAGCCACCGGGUCAAUACAGUACCUCCACGUUAACAUUCAGGCAGAUCCGUGGAUGUCUAAGUCAGCAGCCGGGGUCCUUCCGGCUGGUGACGUGUAAAGUAUGCCCAUCUUCCACGGGGAAAGAGAAACUCAGGGGUCUGGGGGAAAUUUUAAUCUUAUUGCUUCCUAGUAUAAUUUAACGGUUUUCGACUGGUGUCGCUACGAUAUUGUGCAUUCGUCCAGUGGGACCGUGAAAGAAAAUGGAGUCGCUUUAUCAUCAGACAAAUAAACAGAUCCAGGAGGUUCAGAGCAGCAUGGGGCGACUGGAGACGGUGGAUCGUCAGUCCGUUCACUUGGUGGAGAACGAGCUGCAGGCGCGAAUCGACCAGAUCUUCAGCAGCCUGGAGAGGCUGGAGAUCCUGGCGGGCAAGGAGACGCCCAGCCGGCGCCAGAACGCCAAACUACGAGUGGACCAGCUGAAGUACGACGUCCAGCACCUGCAGUCGGCCCUGCGCAACUUCCAGCACCGCCGCUACACCCGCGAGGCCCAGGAGCGAGAGAGGGAGGAGCUGCUGACCCGGUCCUUCACCACCAACGACGCCGACACCUCCAUCCCCAUAGAUGAGACCCUGCAGUUCAGCUCCUCCCUGAACAGCGCCCACCGAGGAAUGGACGAGCUGCUGAACAGCGGGAGCAGCAUCCUGGACAACCUGCGGAACCAGAGGGGCACGCUCAAGGGCACCCAUAAGAAGAUUCUGGAUGUGGUGAACAUGCUGGGGCUGUCCAACACUGUGAUGAGGCUGAUCGAGAAGAGGGCUUUCCAGGACAAGUUCAUCAUGAUGGGGGGCAUGCUGGUCACAUGUGUGGUCAUGUUCCUGGUGGUGAAAUACCUGAGCUGAGGUCUGCCCUCCUCUGCCCGUCCUCCCACUCACUGCCAUCUCAAGGACAGCCCCGACAAACACACUCCUCGUCUACCUGGGGGACACUCAAGGAAAAAAAAAAAAAGUGGAUCACAUACAAUGGCCUCGAUGGACGAAACUUUCUCAUCUCUUUUUCUCCAUGUUUUCCUCCAUUGUCUCUGAGCCGAUCUUCUAAAACAGAUGCGUUGUAGAACAGCUGAGAGGGAAGGAGGAGGGACCCGUGACCAAUUGCUCAGUAUUGUGUUCAGAAAAGCAGUCGCACAGCCAGCUUGGCCACAGCUCUCCUGCUGCAGGAGUGGGCAGAAGAGCCUGGGCUUGCAGCUUAACGAGUAAGUGUUAAGUGCUAAUGGGAGAGGAAUCGCCAGAAUCUUGUAAUUACAUUGUACAUAUCCACUGUCUGUCCUGGCUCCCUUCUCCCCUGGGGUUCCUCUCCUGUCGGAAUUCAGAGGCCGAUACGGUGAGAGCAGCAGGGCCUUUGCAACAUGUGGAACAGUGAAGCUGAACUGAAGCCAGCAGGAGAAUCGGGCUCAUUGGUGCCUCCUGUUGACCGACCUCAUCCAUCUGUUCGCGGACCUCACCUGUCCUAGAGGGAGGUAUCGCGAUAUUUCCACUUUCUCCAUUGUUCCACAUUUCUUGCGUACCUGUGCGCUCUGUAUGAUUCUGCCAUUUCAACUACUGUUGAAUAAUGUAAGGAAAAGACUUCUCAGAGCUCGCGGUCAUAAAUUGUAUGGUGGUCGAGCAAUGUAGAUUUAGAGGGAGUCCACAAUUAACAAUUAACAAUUUAUAGGACAGAAGAAACUUGCGUUUAAAUAAAUCAAAUGUUAAGUGAACUGUAUGAUUUGUUUUCGCUGUUCUGCAUGAUCUCAUUACUUCGAUCCUAAAAAUGGUUAAAAUUAUUUUCAGAAUUUGCCUUCUAAAAAUGAGGAUGAGCCACACAGCACCGAUUGAACUGAGGCUUCAUGCACAGGCAGAACAGCGCUUUGACCAGCGCGGCCUAGUCUGUGAACUAGUUCCUUUAAUUACUUCUGUUUGGAGCUGUAAUGAGAUCAGUGCUUCCAGGUUUUGGCACAUAAUUGAAAAGUGAAAUUAAAGAAACUGCAUAUCUGUGA